CACCUGCGGGAUGGAGCGCGAGCCCGGCGGCGGCGGCGGCGGCGGCGGCGGCGGCCUCUUCUUCCGCGGCCUCCAGAGCCGCUCCCGCGAGAAGGUGAAGCUGCGGAAGAGAAAGUCGGCCUUGUACCUCCGCCCGCAGGAGGGCUCCGGGCGCCGCGAUCUUCUUGGUGAGAACAUUUAUCUGGUCUUGUUUACCAUAGCGUUACGAAUAUGUAACUGCUUUUUAGUCCAGACAAGUUUUGUUCCAGAUGAGUACUGGCAGUCUCUUGAAGUUGCACAUCAUAUGGUUUUCAAUUAUGGUUAUUUGACCUGGGAAUGGACAGAAAGAUUGAGGGGCUACACUUAUCCCUUAAUCUUUGCAAGCAUUUACAAGAUUCUGCAUCUUUUGGGGAAUGACAGUGUUCAGCUGCUGAUUUGGAUUCCUAGACUUGCCCAAGCACUUCUGUCUGCGAUAGCCGAUUUGAGGCUUUACUCAUUAAUAAAGCAACUAGAAAAUCAGCAACUAGCAAGAUGGGUGUUUUUUUGCCAGUUAUGCUCUUGGUUCACAUGGUAUUGCUGUACCAGAACUCUUACAAACACCAUGGAAACUGUUCUCACUGUAAUUGCUCUUUUCUACUACCCUUUGGAAGGUUCAAAGUCUAUGAACAGUGUCAAGUACUCAUCCCUGGUGGCACUUGCCUUUAUUAUUCGCCCCACAGCAGUCAUUCCAUGGAUACCUUUGCUCUUCAGACAUUUCUGGCAAGCACAGAGAAAGCUUGAUCUUAUUCUACAUCAGUUUUUACCUGUUGGAUUUGUCACUUUGAGUUGGUCUCUGAUAAUUGAUCGUAUAUUUUUUGGUCAAUGGACUCUGGUUCAAUAUAAUUUUUUGAAAUUUAACGUGCUGCAGAAUUUGGGGACAUUUUAUGGUUCUCAUCCAUGGCAUUGGUACUUCAGUCAAGGAUUUCCAGUUGUUUUGGGUACUCACCUACCCUUCUUUAUCCAUGGCUGCUUUCUAGCCCCAAAGAGGUACCGGAUACUUUUGGUAACUGUGCUGUGGACACUUCUGAUUUAUAGCAUGUUGAGCCACAAAGAAUUCAGGUUUAUCUAUCCCGUUUUACCAUUCUGUAUGGUGUUCUGUGGGUAUUCACUAAACCACCUGAAAAUGUGGAAGAAACCAGCUCUAAGUUUCCUGUUUUUAUCAAAUAUGCUCCUUGCCCUCUAUACUGGUUUAGUUCAUCAACGAGGUACUCUUGAUGUCAUGACUCAUAUUCAAGAACUCGGUUACAACAAUCUCAAUAAAUCUGAAGCUUCAGUAUUUGUAAUGAUGCCUUGCCACUCUACUCCUUUUUAUAGCCAUGUCCACCACCCACUACCAAUGAGAUUUCUCCAAUGUCCCCCAGACCUGACUGGAAAAAAUCACUAUCUUGAUGAAGCAGAUGUAUUUUAUCAAAAUCCUUUAAGCUGGUUGUAUAAAGAGUUUCACAACAAUUCAACACUGCCUACUUACUUGAUCAUUUUCAACGUUUUGGAAGAGGAAAUUAGUGCUUUCUUAAUUUCAAGAAACUAUGAGAGAACUGCUAUUUUCUUCCACACUCACUUGCCAGAGGGUCGAACCGGAAGCCACAUAUACAUCUAUGAACGGAAGUUAAAAGAGAAACUCUAUAGAAGAUGAAAUUCUGAACUGUUUUUAUAACUUUCCCAAAGAAAAAGACACUCCUGGGUAAAAAUACUCGGAUGCUGCUUAAAUACACUAGUAAACACUGGGUAAGAUUCGUGGAACUAGCAAAACACCUCUGAACUGCUUUCCAAAUAUUACUACUGAGGAAAUGUAUGAAAAUUAUCACAAAGUAUAAAAUUGUCUAUUAAUACAAUGCCCAGAUUUUAAAUAAAGACCUUUAGUUUUCCUCAUGUUGUAGUUUUAUUGUUUCUUCCACAAUAUUCAGAUAUGCAAGAAAUUUCACAAGAGAACAAGUCAGCAAGCUCAUAAGAAGGCAGCAAAUUCUUCACAAGUCAGCGGGCUCUUGAACCCACAAAAAGACAAGAAGAGUAAGAUUAUAAAAUGUUAAAG